AUGGACGAGGACACCUCACCCACCGUCGAGGCCUCCCGUCCAGCAGAGACUGAGAUGGCUGAGGCAGAAGUGGCAGAACGACCUGGCUCGAGCCAUAGCGCGGCCAGUAGUCACAGUGGCGGUGGUGACGCCUUGUCAGACUCUUCUCCAACAUCCCGUCGCAAGCUCACUGGCCCGUUCUAUCUCCAAAACAUACUCAACUCGGACGAAGAACGUGCCAGGCAGCAGCAAGCUGAGGUUUCCAGCCCCAGCCCAAGUACCCCAUCAACCUUUUCCCCUGCAUCUCCUCGCCAGCCUAUCGCUGGCCCGAGUCGCUCAGACGAUCCUCCUCCAACGCGAAUUGGCGAAAAUUUCAUCUAUUCUCAUCCCCCACCACCUCCACCCAAUUACCAGUACAUCGCACCGUCUCCACAUCCCCCCGCCGGAGUUUACAUCCACCCGCAUCCCAAUGCACCGCCGCUUUCAUUAUACCCCCGCUCACGUGUCGAGGCUGACGAAGAUUAUCUACGUCGACAAUUAUGUCUCGCCCCGAGCGUCAAUGUCGAUCUUUGGGCCAUCGCAGACCCUCCCGACGGACAGAAACCCUUUGCAUCCCUCCCCACGUUAAUCAAGCUCGCAAUUCAUGGUGAUCCGAAGAAGAAGUUGACUCUGCAAGGUAUUUGCGAGUCCCUGGUCAAUCGGUUCGCGUGGUUCCACGAGCACCAAAUGGACGAUGCUUGGAAGAACUCGGUGCGGCACAAUCUUUCAUUGAACAAAGUAUUCCGCAAAGUACCACGCGAUGCCAAGCAAAUGGGCAAAGGUUGCUAUUGGGAACUUGACCUCUCUGGUGGGGAGGGACACAAGCGGCCCCGAAAGCGUCGCAAACACGACAAAACAACGGGCACGAUGGUUUCUGCUAUUCAGAGCACGCGUGCGUCUACAACUGUCCAGAUUCCAUAUGGUGUCACGCGAAACGUCACCUCUGGACCUGGCGCGGUGCCAGCACAAAUGCUGCAUCACGGCCCAAUCUCAAGUCCAGGUCGACGGAUGGCCAACUCCAAUUUAGGAAGACUCGUCGUCCCGAGGCUACGACCAGUCAAGAAAGAGCCGGAAGACGUCGAAAUGGACGUUGAGUCCGAAGAUGAUGACGAAGAUCAAUUAGAAGAAGAAGAGGAUGAGCUUGAUCCUGAGCCCGAAGAAAUGCAGGUCGAUAGACCAAGCCUUGCACAAGAAGAAGACGACGACGAAAUGGAACAAGACGAUGGUAGCGAAUCGGAUGUCGAGAGUGAAGAGGCAACCGAUGCUCCCUAUCGACCAAGAGUACGCGCACCACCACCACCGCCACCAACUAUAGGUGGUCGUGUUAUGCGUCCACGAAGCCACCGAUUCGCAGCUGCGAGCCCAUCACCAAGUCGGAGAGGAGCGAAAUCCACUCCUUCUCCCUCCUCUGCUCGUGCAAAAGACAAGGGAAAGGGCCGAAUGAUUAGUGCGCCAGGACUGGAGGCGCUUUCAGCUGAAGCCAUGCGACGAAUAGAGGAUGCAUCUCACUCAGCUACCGCCUCCCCAUCAAACGCGCCGCCACCGCAGGAGUCCUUUUCCUACCCACCUCCCCCUCCGCCUCCUCCAGCGAGCGAUACCCCCCAAAUCGUCAAGUUGGAACCUGACGACGCUUGA